AUGAAGGAAGACCAUGCAAAGGGUUCUGAGAUCAGGUGUCAGAAUGUCAAGACAGCCUCUGAGUGUGGGGCCAAUGAACACGGCCAGCAGACUUUUUUGAGCAAGGCAACAAUGAAAUCUUUCGCCUGUGAAGCUUGUAUAAAUUUGAUGAUGAUAAUUGGCAGCUGGGUGGAAAAUGGUCCAGAAGAAUCCAAGGGGAUGUGUGAAUAUACUGGUUUCUGUGACACAGGGAAGGAAAUGCCUCUGCAGGCCCUGGUCCCAGCUCAUGUGGCUGCCAGCAAUGAGAUCCCUGCACCGGAGCUGGUGGAGAAGAACUUGGUUCAGAUGAGAGCUGGUCCCACUUGUGAGCUGUGCCAGUAUGUCAUCAAAGAGAUCAUCAAGUUGCUGGACAACAACCAGACAAUAGAAGAUGUGAUUAAAGCAGCAGAGAAAGUGUGCUCACUGAUCCCCAGGAACCUAGCUAAGACCUGCCGAGAUUUGGUGGACAUCUAUGGCCCGAAUAUUCUGCAUCUGCUCUUAGAGGAGUCUGAUCCUGGCUCAGCGUGUGGGACUCUUCACAUGUGCCAAGGGGAAAGGCCAGCACAUUCAGUCAAUGUGGCCCGGCUUAAGAGCGGCGUCUUCUGUGAGGUCUGCAAGAAGGUCGAUGGUUAUUUGGACCAGAACCUGGAUAAGAACAGCACAAAAGCCAUGAUCCUUGCUGCCUUUGAGAAGGCUUGUAGCAUGUUGCCUGGAGUGUACAAGGAUGAGUGUGAUGAGUUUGUGGAACAGUAUGAGCCCGUCCUGAUAGCAGCCCUGCAUGAUGAGCUGAAUCCUGAUUCUCUGUGUCUGAAAAUUGGAGCUUGCCCCAAAGCAGCUUCUAAGCCCCCGUUGGGAACUGAGCAGUGUGUUUGGGGCCCGAGUUACUGGUGCAAGAACAUGGAGACAGCAGCUCAGUGCAAUGCUGUUGAGCAUUGCAAGAAAAAUGAAUGAAAUUAGAGGAAAACUGGAGAAAUGACAACUUCUUCUCUACUUGUGUGUCUGGUGGAAUGGAACAUACAGAUCUGAUUUUUUUUCCUGUUUCUAAAAGAGCCUAUGUUCUCUUCUUCCUCCAUCCCAU